UGUGUUUGAAGAAAAAGUGACAAAAACUAAAUCGCGAUAAACAGAGAGUGUAUAUAAAAAAACACAUAACCAUUCAAAAUAGCCAGACAUCAGUGUUUGUUGGUGUCAUUGAAUUUGUACAUACAUUUGAGUACAUUAUAAACAGUGUGUUAUACACUAUACAGACAUACAGUGGUAUACAUAGACUGUGUAUUGAAUGGAUGUGUUGUCAUCAGUGGUGGGUAUGUCUGGGCAGUCGUGGGCAUCACUGUUCACAUGUGCGGCCUUUUAUUUAAUGAUCGCUAUAUGUGUGGCGCAAACAUUUUACCCACUCUUCAUGAUCAUCAAUAUGUGGCUCCGGAGGGCCAACAUCUUCUACCACUACUUCCAUAAAGUGGACGAAAAGAGUUUAAGACACGGCGGAGAACUGGUGGCCAAAGUGUUGCAAUCGCAUGGAGUCGAGCAUAUCUUCACGCUCUCCGGCGGACACAUCGCUCCCAUUCUGACCGCU